UCAUCUCCAACUCAAACCUUAACCCAUAAUCAUCCAUACAAAUUCAGGUCUGAUUGCACUACUCAUGGAGGCCCUCAAGACCAUUCAUAGCUCAUCCAUUUUUUUACUCAUUCUGUUCUUUCUAGCUUCCGCAUUGUCUUGUGUAAAUGCCAGAGUUCACAAGCACCAGUUUGUUGUUGAAGCGACUAAAGUGAAGAGACUGUGCAAAACCCACAACACCAUCACAGUGAACGGCCAAUUCCCUGGCCCAACUUUGGAGGUGAAUAACGGAGACACUUUAGUCGUCAAAGUCACCAACAAAGCUCGUUACAACGUCACCAUUCACUGGCAUGGGGUUCGGCAAAUGAGAACCGGAUGGGCAGACGGACCAGAGUUUGUGACACAGUGCCCUAUUCGUCCUGGAGGAAGCUACACUUACCGUUUCACAAUUCAAGGUCAAGAAGGCACACUUUGGUGGCACGCUCACAGCUCCUGGCUUAGAGCUACUGUUUAUGGAGCUCUCAUCAUUCGUCCCAGGGAGAGAGAGCCCUAUCCUUUCCCUAAACCAAAGCACGAGACUCCCAUUCUUCUCGGGGAGUGGUGGGACAUAAACCCCAUUGAUGUUCUGAGAGAGGCCGCUCGAACAGGAGCUGCUCCUAACGUGUCUGAUGCUUACACUAUCAAUGGUCAACCUGGCGAUCUUUACAAGUGUUCUAGCCAAGAGACCACCGUUGUUCCAAUAGACUCCGGCGAGACCCAUCUCCUCCGGGUCAUCAACGCUGCACUCAAUCAACCUCUUUUCUUCACCAUCGCCAACCACAAGCUGACGGUGGUCGGUGCCGAUGCCUCCUACGUCAAGCCAUUCACCACCAACGUUCUCAUGCUAGGACCUGGUCAAACCACCGACGUCCUCAUCACCGGCGACCAACCCUCUUCCCGCUACUACAUGGCGGCGCGGGCUUACCAAUCCGCCCAGAACGCAGCCUUCGACAACACAACCACCACCGCCAUUCUCCAGUACAAACCCGCAAAGCAUCUCUCGAAAGGAGCCUCCGGCGUCAAACCGGUGAUGCCCCCACUGCCCGCCUACAACGACACCAACACCGUCACCGCCUUCAGCAGGAAAUUCCGAAGCCCAAGAAAAGCCGAAGUGCCCACAGAAAUCGACGAGAGCCUCUUCUUCACCGUGGGCCUUGGUCUCAACAAGUGCCCGCCCAAUUUCAGAAAGAGACGGUGCCAGGGGCCCAAUGGGACUCGAUUCACUGCGAGCAUGAACAACGUAUCUUUCGCGCUCCCCAGAAACAUCUCCAUCCUCCAGGCCCACCAGCUGGGAGUCCCGGGGGUGUUCACCACCGAUUUCCCGGCCAGCCCUCCGGUGAAGUUUGAUUACACCGGUAAUGUCAGCCGUUCACUCUGGCAACCUGUCCCUGGAACCAAGGUGUACAAGCUCAAGUACGGAUCAAGGGUUCAGGUUGUUCUGCAGGACACUAACAUCGUGACCCCCGAGAACCACCCGAUUCAUCUUCAUGGAUACGAUUUCUACAUCGUAGCAGAGGGAUUUGGAAACUUCAACCCCAAGAAAGACACCGCGAAAUUCAACCUCGUUGAUCCGCCUCUCAGGAACACCGUGGCUGUUCCCGUGAACGGAUGGGCAGCUAUCCGAUUCGUUGCAGAUAAUCCAGGUGCUUGGAUCAUGCAUUGCCAUUUGGAUGUUCAUAUAAACUGGGGUUUGGCCAUGGUGUUCUUGGUGGAGAAUGGAGUUGGAAAAUUGCAAUCCAUAGAGCCGCCUCCCGCAGAUCUGCCUCUCUGUUAGUAUCUUUUUCAAAGCAUCAGGGCGGUGACUGGAGCUAUGAUAUUUCUUAAAUUGUUAGGGAUUUCCCUGCAUCCGGGGACUUUGUUUUUUGCUUUGUUUCUUGUUCUUCGAUAUAGAUAAAUUGUGUUUUUGUAGAGAUGGCGACGAUGUGCCAUCUCAGAGGCAAACGCCCAGCUUGCUUAAUUGCUAUUCAAUCAAUGUAUUCUUUCCAAUA